GCAAACCCAACUUGUCGUGUAAUCUAUUAAAAAAAAUACAUAUAUUACCAGAUUUAUUUUUCAAAAAUUACCUCAAACAAAACAUGAAGAUAAAAAGUGUACAAGAUUUUUGUAGUUAAUUGUUGGGCAAUACGGGAACACCUACCCAAACCAAGGCCCACGAUGCAAGAGCCGGCCCAAUAGCGAGUGGAUUAGUCGGAGGCGGAGACGCCUCAAGAGUUGCGGGCAUAAGAGAUGUACACUGAUACUACAUUAAAUGUCGUCGAAGGCGUGGCCGUUGGAGCUGACAUUUAGUGCACGUCCAACAGGGCAUUAUAUGCUCACACAAACUAUCACCGACUAUAAAUACCAACACACCAUGUCGCAUGCAUUUUCUUAAUUAAUAAUCAUUAGUUAAUUAUGGUUUGUUAGGGGGAUUGUGACGUGAGUUAGAGGGUAAUUAGUGGGGUUAUUUGUUAACUAGAUUUUAGGUGUCUUACUAGUUUGUAGGAUUAUUAGUUUACUUUUCUCUAUUUAAAGUGUCAGAUGGUAACAGGAAAGGAUGAUGAAUCAAGUAUAAUCAGAAAAGGGUUUUACACACCUACGUGUUAAUUUGGGAGGUUGGCUUUCCUCGAAAAAACUUAGGGUUUCCAUUCUCGCCAUUAAAGAGAACACUUAUCUUCUUCUCAAUCUAUCUAUCCUUCCUCCAUUAUUCUUCUUCCUAUUUCGAUCUUUCUCCCAAAAUUCUAUUCUACAAAACGUGCACGUAACACACCACCUCAUUUAAUGGUAACUAACCUACCUUCUGUUGGAAAUUUGAUUGAACCGGAUCAACCGGUUUGGGGUUGGAUCAAUCAAACCGGUUUUGAGUUUCAAGACAUAUCCUUAUAGUGAAUUGUUCGAGAUCACAAACAGCGAUACUCGAACCGUGGAUUAGUCAGUGUUGAGAAACGUUUUCUCUCAAUACUGGAUACCACGUAAAAAUUUGGUUGUGUGUUUUUAAUUCUGCAAUUUUCUGUUCUGCAUAUUUGGUUAACUGUUCUUCAUCUCUUCUUGAUCCAAAGUUCCACAAAGGAUAGCUUUGAUCGAAAAAAAAUCAUAAAAGCAACUCUGCCUUUGUGUUUAAUUAAACGUCUGCGUUUUAGUCAUAGUUGGAGGUCUUUGGAUUAAAGUGAAGUGAGCUGGGAAAUAAGGUUGCAACGUGUUUUCUGUGGGCCAAAUAGAAAAACGAGUUUCAAUCAAAUAUUUGGGCUUGAUCUCUGGCCCAUAACCUCCUUAAUCCUGCACGUUUUGAAGAAACAAAAUUGAAAGGACAUUUAGGAUACUUUUCAGAUCAAAAUUUCUUCUUCCCAUCGUUGAACUGAAAGAAAACUGCAGGUGCGAUUUACAGUCGAUCAAAGAGAAGGCGAGCGCCACCGUGUUCAAGUUCAACAGCUCAUCGGGGAAUCAAAGUUUGAAGGUAACAAAAAAAGCCCCAUGUAUGGUUUCCUUCUCUCACCAUUCACCGCCUUUCUCCCUUUUGCCGGAAUCCCGAAACCAAUUUCGCUUGUGUUAGAGUGGAGGAGCGGCCGCCGGCGGUUUAAUUUUGCAUGCUAACCGGUAAUCGUUCGGAGUCAGAGAGCUUGAGAAAUGGAUGCUGAUUUGGAUCCUUUCGGAGACGUCUUUGAUGAGCCGGCGGCGGGGGCUCGAGCUCGGCCGGCGGGGAAGUUCCAGCCGAAGGCCCGACCUAGGAAGGGAAAGGCUGCCGCAGUUGCUCCUCCUGUUCAUGCCACAGCUGCUGCAAAUAAACCUAAUGAGGUGGCCUCUGAUGGUGAUGCUACAUUGGGGGAUAUGGAUUCGUCAGCGGUGGAGAAUGCUGGCAUUAUUUUGGAGUUGGAUGAUAUCCAUGAUUUGGUUACUCAGCCCACAAGUGACACAGGGAUUUCAGUUCCUUGUACAGAUGAAGGGAUAGAUGAGCCGCGGUCGAGUUCUUUGGUUCAAGAGUCUGUUGAUUCUUCGGAGUUGAGGAGGAGUGACAUGGCAACCAAAGAUCCGGUAGCUGUUGAUACUGACGGCGAGAGGUUACAACUAGAGUUGCAGGCAUCAGGUGAUUUUCUGGACAUGGAAGCAACAAAUGUCUUCUCUGAAUCUGCUGUUGCAUUAGGGAAAGGUCACGAUGAUGGCGUCCUCCCAGAUGGAGUUGAGUCUCCUGUUCCUCCAGAGGCUACAGAUUUCAUUGCUUCGGAGACCAGAUAUGGAAGUGAGAGCUCAUUGCCCACUGCACAAGAUGAUGUUGUUGAUUAUUACUCAUCCAUGAGCUUCGAUGAUUAUCUACCAUCAACGCCUGCUGCUUCAGAGUUUCCUAUGAAUUCAGACCAGAUAGAUUCAAGGAAAAUUUGUGACUUGAAUGAGGGUCAAGAGAGCAGAGAAAAGCGUGGUUUGGAGUCUGAUCUAACUCGGAAGUCCAAUAAUUCUUCCUUAGCUAUUGGAAAAAAUGGUGGCAAGGUGUUGAGAAAGCGAUCAGGUACACGUCAAGCUGUUAACCAACCCGAAAAUGAAGGUCAUGCUGAUGGCAACCCCCCCGGUGAAGCACCUGGUUGUCCGGUUAUAGAUGAAGAGAAUGAUAGUGAAUAUCAGGUGGAUGAGGAUGAAAAUAAUGAUAAGGGUGGUGAUGAUGAUUUUGAUGGUGGAGAAAACUCUGGCAAAAAGAAGAGAGCUUCUAAAAGGUCAAAGAAAUCAGUUCCAGAUAAGGGAACUGGAGGUCGAAAGCGUAAGAAAGCCUGUGAAACAUCUGAAGAGUUGAGCCAGAAACCUCCCAAGAAGUUUGCUCAUACAACUCGCCGAAAGAAAAGAUACAGAAAUGAUGAGUUGCUCAAAGUACCUGACGAUGAAAUAGAUUUUCGGAGCUUGCCCAUGCGAGAUAUCAUUUUUCUUGGUGAACACAGAGAACGGUUAGCUGCUAAAGAGGCAAAAGAGGCAAAAGCUUUGGAAACUCGUUCAACAGAUCAGGGCACUUCCAAUAAUGAAGUGGAUGACGUUGAGCCCGAGGAAGCUGGAAUCGUGUCAGGCACCCCUUUAUUCAACAGCCAUUCUUUCAUGAAUAGGACGCGGACCGUGAGAUGGUCAAAACAAGAGACAGAUUUAUUUUACGAGGGAAUCAGACAGUUUGGAACUGAUCUCUCAUUGGUACAACAACUGUUUCCGGGGAGGGAUCGCCGUCAGAUCAAGAAUAAAUUUAAGGCUGAAGAGCGCCGUCAGCCAUUUUUACUCCAUGAAGCUGUGGGAAAUCGUGACAGAGAUAAUUCAUAUUUUGCGAGGGUGAUUGAUCAGCUGCGGAAAGCUGCUGCUGAGGCCGGUAGAGAGUUAAAGAGAGAUCAUCCAACAGAUGAGGCAGAAGAGGAGGAAGAGCAGAAUUCAGAAACUAAUGAAGAAGCAGGGCACUCGGAGCAAGAUGAGGCAGCAACAGCAGGCCAAGAUCCCGAGGGAAUCGUUGCUGAAGCCCCUAGUCCCGAGGAAGAGAUUAUUGAUGAAGAUGAUCUAUGGAGCUCAUAUAAAAGUGAAUUUUGAAUGGUAGCAGACUAACAGAAAGUAACUUGGAUAUAAUUCUCAGGCUCUGAGGUUGGAGAAAUAUAAGCUGCUGGCUUCCCUGCCUCCUUUGUUUCUGCUUCCAACACAGCCUGGUUGGCACUGUUAAGUAAUAUAUGCUACUUAUGUAAGUUACAAACAGUAUCCUUGCUACUUAUAUCAAAACUAGUAAUAUAUACAUAAACAGAUCACCAUAUCCCCCAGCAACAUCAAGAAGGAAGACAACCUGCACCAGAAGGGAACUCGAUCGCAGCAGGGGAACUUGAUCGCAGCAAGAAGGUCGAGAGAUCCUUCCCGUCCACGAACACGCACCCCUAGAUCUGAGAAGUUGGAGCAGAGUGUUGCUAUCAGGGCAGUGCAGUGGAAGAAAUAGAACCUGGUUGUUUGACAUUUGAGCUGUUUUCUUCAGAUCUGCACUAGUCAAUCUCGAGCUAGGCAACAUCGUAUCUCUGCAAUAAUAAUAAUAAUAAUACUAAUUAUUAUUAUUGUUAUUAUUAUUCUUAAUGAUAUCUAUUUUUCCCCCUCUUUAUGUUCCUAUUAAUUAGUUCACCUACACCACCUAACAAUACUAAUUUCUAAAGAUGAUGUGUCUUCCUUACAUGACACAUUGUUAGUAAAUGUAGGGACCUAACUAAGCGUAUCACAUUUAUAUUUUACAAACAUUUGAUUCGAUACAAAAAUUGACUUAUUAAUCUAUCUUGCAAAUGGCAUUCACAUUAGCGAUGUCGUGACAUCACACAAAUAAACAAAAAAAAAAGUU